UAUUCUUGUUAUUUAGUAUUUUAGACUAAAUAGUUAUUUUAUUUUGUAAAAAUUAGGGUUUGAAUUAAUAUUAUCGAUUAUUCCAUGAAACUAUCGAUAACAUCAAAUAUGGCGCUCGUAUGGAACCCAUCGAAGAAACACAGCGAUCGUGAAAGAUGGAUUUGUAUCUAUCCGGUAUACCUAAAUAGUAAGAGAACUCUAGCAGGAGGUCGAAAACUUCCAAAAGACAAAUGCGUCGAAAAUCCAACAUAUCAAGAAAUCCGUGAUGUUUUGGUAGCAGCUGGUUUCAAUGUGGGAGUAGAAAACAAACGACAUCCACGAGAACGUAGCAAAGAAUUAUUAUUUCGCGGACGUAUUCGCGUACAACUCAAAAAUGACGAUGGUACUCCUGUGAAAUCAGAAUUCCCCACUAGAGAUUCGAUUUUGGCAUAUGUGGGCAUGACCAUUCCAAAGUUAAAAACUCGACAAGGAAAGCAAUCCGGUGGUGAACAAUCUUCUCAGCCGUCAAGUUCAUCGUCAAAGAAAGGAAAAGGAAAGGGGAGAAGAUGAUAAAGAUAUAUAAUAUCACUAGAACAUAAAAAUAUUUGUUACUUAUAUAUAUUUUUGUGUUGAAAUGAGAAUUAUUCUCAUGUACAAAAAUAUUAUAUUACAACUUGUACAAACCUUUUAAAGGGAAUUUUAAAUUGAAUUCAUUCAUACAUACAAAUAUCUUAAAACUUU